AUGGACGGCGUGCCAUCGCCGGGCGUGCUGUGGAAAGUCGUAGACGAUGAUUCGCAGCAAACGUGGUGGGGAGCCCUGAUCAUCAACCGCAACUUCACGCAGACAGACAGCUUCGGGCGGCCCGUGUAUAUCCUCAAGUACGACGCCUGGCCCGAGAUGGGCUUUGGCGAGGACAUGUCGCAGGUGUCUUUUGUGAGCCAAAACGUGCUGCUGGAUCUGGGGUCUGGCACGGAGCUGGACUGGCGGGUGCCACAGGUGGUGAUGCCCAUGGCGCCCGCGGCACCCAUGGCAGCGGCCCCCAUGGCGGCGCCGCCGCAGCAGGCCGCCCCCGCGAUGGCGCACGCGCCGCCCCCCGCGCCCCAGUACGGCUGGCGCGACCGCCGUGGUCGCGGCGGCGCCACGGUGGAGCCCCAGCAGCAGCAGCAGCAAUGA